AUGCAUAGAUGGAUUAGGAUCGUCUUUGGCUUGAAUAAACCGAACCUCAGCACAGACGACUCAAAGUCGAUCACUCGGCAACUUUCACCGCCGCUAAGAGGGAUAUCGUUGUGUUGGUUUGGGACGGGAUGGAAGAGGGACAAUCGGAAUGUGCGCGGUGAUGACAACGAAGGCGGUAAGACGUCGACGACGACGGCGGCGGUUGCGCAGAAGGGCGGAGCCGCCUUUGGUGAAGAACCUCAGGUUACCGGGUGCCGUCCGGGAUAUAUUGAAACUGUGAAUUGGGUUAGUAGCAGCUGUUAG